GGCAGGACUUCUCACCAAGUUUGAGUAGAGGAAACCAGAGGAAACAGAAGUACCGUGGAACAGGGAGGUUACACGUACACGGGCCAAACCUUUACUCAUCUCCAUCGUCUGGAAGUUCGUCGACAGUGAAAAUGAUCCAGUGCGUGCAGGGCAUGUUCUAUCUGUCAGUUCUGGUGGCGUUCGCCGCCUGCAACGCUCCUCCGGUACCGUUAGACGACAUCUUCAUUGAGAAAACCUUCGUGCCAGAGCAGUGCGUGCGCGCAGUCAAAGUCGGCGACUAUGUGAGGUACCACUACAACGGCAUGUUUCCAGACGGCAAGAAGUUCGACUCCAGUUAUGACCGUGGCAGCACCUACAACGUGUUUGUUGGCAAAAAGCAGCUGAUCGCAGGGAUGGACAAAGCUCUGGUGGGGAUGUGUGUCAACGAAAGAAGUCUGGUCAAGAUCCCACCUCACCUUGCCUAUGGAAAGAAGGGAUACGGUGACAUCAUCCCUCCUGACUCCAUCCUUCAUUUCGACGUCCUGCUGCUCGACGUGUGGAACCCAGAGGAUGGCGUCCGGGUCGACACUUACCACACACCCUCGACCUGCUCCAGGAAGGUGGAGGUGUCUGACUAUGUCCGCUACCACUACAAUGGCACACUGCUGGACGGGACGCUCUUUGAUUCCAGUCACACCCGCAUGCGCACAUAUGACACUUAUGUCGGGAUCGGCUGGCUGAUCGCCGGUAUGGACCAGGGGCUUCUGGGAAUGUGUGUUGGAGAGAGACGCAUCAUCACUAUGCCUCCCGCUCUUGGAUAUGGAGAGAAUGGAGAUGGCAGCGACAUCCCAGGACAGGCGUCUCUGGUGUUUGAUGUCGUCCUGCUGGACCUGCACAAUCCCAGGGAUGGGGUCACAGUGACCCAUCAGAACGUGCCCAAUUCCUGCACCAGGAAGUCCAUCGCUGGGGACUUUGUACGCUACCACUACAACGGCAGCCUCCUUGAUGGAACGUUUUUUGAUUCCAGCUACUCUCGUAAUCGUACCUAUGAUACCUAUGUGGGUCGAGGCUAUGUGAUAGCCGGCAUGGACGAGGGUCUGAUUGGAGUCUGCGUCGGAGAGAGGCGAACCAUUACGAUCCCUCCACAUCUCGGCUAUGGAGAAGAGGGCACAGGCACUAAGAUCCCUGGAUCAGCAGUGCUGGUGUUUGAUGUCCACAUCAUCGACUUCCACAACCCGUCAGACAGCACUGUGGUCACCGUCACGUACAAGCCAGAAGAGUGUGACAAGCAGACAAAGAAGGGAGACUUUGUCAAAUACCACUACAAUGCCUCUCUGAUGGACAGCACAUCCAUCGACUCCACGUAUAAUUAUGGAAAGACGUACAACAUUGUGCUGGGAGCCAACCAGGUAGUCCCAGGGAUGGAGGACGGACUGAUGGAAAUGUGUGUGGGAGAGAAGAGGCACCUUGUUAUUCCCCCUCACCUGGGCUAUGGGGAGAGAGGAGUCACUGAUGAAGUCCCUGGGAGCGCUGUGCUGGUGUUCGACAUCGAGCUGGUAGAAAUGGAGGAAGGACUUCCUGAAGGCUACAUGUUCAUCUGGAACGAUGAUGUCUCACCUGACCUCUUCGCUGAGAUGGACGUUGACAAGAACGAGCAGGUGGAGCCCUCUGAGUUCACUGACUACAUCAUGCGGCAAGUGAACGAGGGCAAAGGCCGCCUGGCUCCCGGCUUCGACCCCUAUCGCAUCAUCGACAACAUGUUCUCCAACCAGGACCGUAACGGAGAUGGGAAAAUCACAGAGGCGGAGUUCAAACUUAAAGCAGAUGAAGCCGCCGCCCACGAUGAGCUAUGACGGGACUGAGUGUGAAACUAAUAUCAGGGUGUAGGGUGAGGGGUCAGACAGUCGGGGAGAUGUGGGGGAUACAGUAGAAAAACGAUGGGAUUGUUUGUGUAAAUUAAGCACGUGUGGAGUGGGAAACACGCUCAGAGAGAUUUUGUGUUUUUUAUUUUGAGGACUGAGAUGAUGGUACAAUGGUGUCUUGUCCUUUAAGAUGCCGUCUAGGAGUGGAAUGUAUCAAAUGAAAACUAACAUUUGGAAAGAAAACAUGUAACAUGCGAAGACAGUGAAUUACUUUUUUUUAACACCCAUCAAGUUCCUUAAGGGGGUUUUUCAGUGAAUUUUUUUGAAGGGUAUAAAAGCACUCCUGUGUGAAAGAACACACCAAGGCCUCACUCCAUGAUCUCCACAUUCAACUCUCCUUCCUUGUUGUUUUUAACAUUUAGUGAUUGUGUGUGAAACUUUCUUUUCUUGUCUUUGGGUAUCAGCUCUUCUCUAAAAUAUCUGACAGUCUUCCUGGAGCAUUACUCACUGUAAUAUACUUAUUUAUGGGUGAACAUAAGUGAUAAUGUUAAGUGAGAGCUAAAGCUUAAGUUUUUUUAUAUACACAUAUAGUUUUUACAACUGUCAACUUCCACUGUCUCACUUUUAAUUGUCGGAAUUCUGUGAGGGAAAUCUCUGCUAGAUAACUCGGAUGAAGAAAGAAGUCAGAAUCAAACAGAGCUUUAAGCUCAAUCGUGAAGUCAGUACAUGAUAGAAAGUCAUCAUAACCAUCAAGCAUAAUCUUCUUCACAAUGCCUCCUAGGUUUUCUGCCAUUUAUUAUAGAUAUCGUGCAUCAUUUGCCCUCCAAAAUAACACUGAAAGUUCCAAACUACAAAAUGCUGUCACCAACUUUCCAGUAUUUCAAACAUGUUUACUGUCUGUUGUUGUGGUUGUUCCAUCUCUUGUUUUUGUCUUCAUCCAGAUGUCAAUUGCAAUUUAGUGAGUGAGUGAGUGAGUGUGUGAGUGUGUGAGUGAGUGUGUGAGUGUGUGAGUGUGUGUGUGAGUGUGUGAGUGUGUGUGCGUGAGUGAGUGAGUAAGUGCAAAGUGUGUGAAUGUAGUUUUUGUUUAACUUUUUCAUUCAGGAAUACGCUGAGACUUGAUCAUUUCACCAUCAGCACAACCUUUAAUUUGAUUAAAUGACCUGACAUAAAGAAA